UUUAACAGUGGUAUUUCUAUAUCUCUUUACAAUGGUUGUAUUGAGCACUAUUUUAACAGUGGUAUUACUAUAUCACUUUACAAUGGGUGUAUUGAGCACUAUUUUAACAGUGGUAUUUCUAUAUCACUUUACAAUGUUUGUAUUGAGCACUAUUUUAAUAGUGGUAUUUCUAAAUCACUUUACAAUGGGUGGAUUGAGCACUAUUAUAACAGUGGUAUUUCUAUAUCUCUUUACAAUGUUUGUAUUGAGCACUAUUUUAAUAGUGGUAUUUCUAUAUCACUUUACAAUAUGUGUAUUGAGCACUAUUUUAACAGUGGUAUUUCUAUAUCUCUUUACAAUGUGUGUAUUGAGCACUAUUUUAACAGUGGUAUUUCUAUAUCUCUUUACAAUGGUUGUAUUGAGCACUAUUUUAACAGUGGUAUUACUAUAUCACUUUACAAUGGUGGGUGUAUUGAGCACUAUUUUAACAGUGGUAUUUCUAUAUCACUUUACAAUGGGUGUAUUGAGCACUAUUUUAACCGUGGUAUUUCUAUAUCACUUUACAAUGGGUGUAUUGAGCACUAUUUUAACAGUGGUAUUUUUAUAUCACUUUACAAUGGGUGUAUUGAGCACUAUUUUAACAGUGGUAUUUCUAUAUCACUUUACAAUGUGUGUAUUGAGCACUAUUUUAACAGUGGUAUUUCUAUAUCACUUUACAAUGGGUGUAUUGAUCACUAUUUUAACAGUGGUAUUUCUAUAUCACUUUACAAUGGGUGUAUUGAGCACUAUUUUAACAGUGGUAUUUCUAUAUCACUUUACAAUGGGUGUAUUGAGCACUAUUUUAACAGUGGUAUUUCUAUAUAA